CACCCCCGCCCCUCUUUCCCACCCUCCCUUCACCCCAGGCUGGGGAAUCUCCAUUGACGUUCGGGUGACGCCGUUGUGCCGCCGCUGUGGGGGGCUCCAGGCGCCGCACAGGUAAAUGAUCUUAGAAUGGAUGAUGAGCCAAUGGAAGAGGGUGAAACAGGUUCUUGCCAAGAUGGAGGAGUUGUUAAAGAAAUCCCUAUUAUUCAUCACGUUAAGGAAGGAUAUGAGAAAGCAGACCCUACACAGUUUGAGUUGCUCAAGGUUCUUGGUCAGGGAUCUUUUGGAAAGGUUUUUCUUGUUAGAAAGAAGACUGGUCCUGAUGCUGGGCAGCUCUAUGCAAUGAAGGUGUUAAAAAAAGCUUCUUUAAAAGUUCGAGACAGAAUUCGGACAAAAAUGGAGAGGGAUAUACUGGUGGAAGUAAAUCAUCCAUUUAUUGUCAAGUUGCACUAUGCCUUUCAGACUGAAGGGAAACUGUAUUUAAUAUUGGAUUUUCUCAGGGGAGGAGAUGUAUUCACAAGAUUAUCCAAAGAGGUUAUGUUUACAGAGGAAGACGUGAAAUUCUACCUGGCAGAACUAGCCCUUGCUUUGGAUCAUCUGCAUCAAUUAGGAAUUGUGUAUAGAGACCUGAAGCCAGAAAACAUUUUGCUUGAUGAGAUAGGACAUAUCAAGUUAACAGAUUUUGGACUCAGCAAGGAAUCAGUAGAUCAAGAAAAGAAGGCCUACUCCUUUUGUGGUACAGUGGAAUAUAUGGCUCCUGAAGUAGUAAGUAGGAGAGGUCAUUCCCAAAGUGCUGAUUGGUGGUCAUAUGGUAUACUUAUGUUUGAAAUGCUUACUGGUACACUGCCAUUUCAAGGUAAUGACAGAAAUGAGACCAUGAAUAUGAUAUUAAAAGCAAAACUUGGAAUGCCUCGGUUUCUUAGUGCUGAAGCACAAAGUCUUCUAACAAUGUUAUUGAAAAGGAAUCCAGUACAUAGAUUGGGUUCAGAAGGAGUUGAGGAAAUCAAAAGACAUCCUUUUUUUGCAAAUAUUGACUGGAAUAAAUUAUAUAAAAGAGAAGUUAAACCUCCUUUCAAACCUGCUUCUGGAAAAGCAGAUGAUACUUUUUGUUUUGAUCCUGAAUUUACUGCAAAAACACCUAAAGAUUCUCCUGGUUUGCCAGCCAGUGCUAAUACCCAUCAACUCUUCAAAGGAUUCAGCUUUGUUUCAACUUCUAUUGAAGAAGAAUAUAAAAUCACUUCUAUCACAAGUGCAGACGUAUUUCCAGUUGUUCAGAUAAAUGGAAAUCCUGCACGAUUUAGUGAAGUAUAUGAAUUGAAAGAGGAUAUCGGUAUUGGCUCCUAUUCUGUUUGCAAGCGUUGCAUACAUAUAGCUACCAACAUGGAAUUUGCCGUGAAGAUCAUUGACAGAAGUAACAGGGACCCCUCAGAAGAAAUUGAAAUAUUGAUGCGCUAUGGACAACACCCCAACAUUAUCACUUUAAAAGAUGUUUAUGAUGAUGGUAGAUAUGUUUAUCUUGUUACGGAUUUGAUGAAAGGAGGAGAGCUACUUGACCGUAUUCUCAAACAAAAAUGUUUCACAGAACGGGAAGCUAGUGAUAUACUGUUUGUAAUAACUAAGACACUGGACUAUCUUCAUUGUCAAGGAGUUGUUCAUCGUGAUCUUAAACCUAGUAAUAUUUUAUACAUGGAUGAAUCAGCCAAUGCAGACUCCAUUAAGAUCUGUGAUUUUGGGUUUGCAAAACAACUUCGAGGAGAAAAUGGACUUCUCUUAACUCCAUGCUAUACUGCAAACUUUGUAGCACCUGAGGUUCUUAUGCAACAGGGCUACGAUGCUGCCUGUGAUAUUUGGAGUCUGGGAGUCCUUUUAUACACAAUGUUGGCGGGCUACACUCCAUUUACUAAUGGCCCCAAUGAUACUCCUGAAGAGAUACUGCUGCGCAUAGGCAACGGAAAGUUCUCUCUGAGUGGUGGAAACUGGGACAAUAUUUCGGAUGGAGCAAAGGAUUUGCUUUCCCAUAUGCUACAUAUGGACCCACAUCAGCGGUACACUACAGAACAAGUAUUAAAACACUCGUGGAUAAUUCACAGAGAACAGUUGCCCAGUGAUCAGCCAAAUAGAAAUGAUACAGCAUAUGUUGUUAAGGGAGCAAUGGUUGCCACAUAUUCGGUUCUGACUCACGAGACCUUUCAACCAGUCCUAGAGCCUGUUGCUGCUUCAAGCUUAGCUCAGCGAAGGAGCAUGAAAAAGGGAACAUCAACUGGCUUAUAAGAUUUCGUGUUCCUCAGCCAACCUGGAUGAAGAGAAAAUUAAAUGCGUUGUUUUUUGCCUAAUCUUACGUGAAAGGCAUUGUUUUCUGCUACUGUUACUUGAAUAUUCUGUUUAAGCCUCCUUAUUUAGGGGGAGUGAGAUUAAAAAAUAAACAUACAGUUCUACAGUAUUCAUAAUGUUGUUUUGCAGUAGCAUCCAAGUAUUUAUUUAAGUAUGUGAUUGGUGUCCACAAGUUCCUAACAACUUCUGUGCACACUAACUUCUAAAGUUCCUUUCAAGUAAAGUUGCGUUAAUAGUUUUACUGGUUUCAUACAAUAAUGGUUUGGGGAAUCAUUACCAACAAUCAAGAUGCGACUGUACUAGUCUAAUGCCAAGAAAUUUCAGUGUUUUUUAACAUCAGAUCCUGAAGAGUAGGCUUUUUUUAAAAAAGAAAAAUGAAUAAAAAAUAUAUUGUAGGAGCUUAUUAUUGUGUACAACCAAAGGACUCCAUUCAUUUGGUAGUAACUCCACUCUAGUUACUAAAAAAUAGACAUAAUAGUUUGGUGCCCGAGCAAAUUCAUUUGUGCUAAUAAUGUGAACUCCUGAUACUGUUGGUGCAAAAAUUUUUACAGAAGAAUUGAAUCACAGAUGUUUGCAGACAGACCUGUAUAUUAUCCAUAAGUGGCCUCAUUUAGAAAUAAAGGUUUCCAUAAGGCUUCUGUAAAUUUCACAUCUAAUGGAACCGUAGUGUAAGUGAAGAAUUUUUUAGCCAAAGACUUUAUAUUGGUGUUGUUAUCUACUGAAUAGGUUAUAAUUAAACAUUUGAAAAUGAAGUUUGUGGUGUUGACACUACCUUGGUGUUACAUAGCUGACUUUCAAGUGAACCCGUUGAAUUUAAUCAUCAUCUGUGCCCCUUAAAAUGAACUACAAUGUUGUUUUUGGGACUUCCGUGUGCUUUGAAUUACAGUGUAGCAUAUUAGUCUACCUUGAAUCCUAUGGAAAUUUAGUUGAAAUUUUACUGUAGUUGGGUUUUUGGGCUUAGUGCACAUGAUGUAGUAUAAUGCAUUUCAGUAAACUUUAGACAGUACUACAUAAUAGUUAUACUUCAAGAAGAUAAACUGACGUUUUAAAUAGGAAGUAAUAGUAAUUACCUACAUAAAAUUUGAGCACAUUUUAAAAUCAUUAUAAAAAAAUUUGGUCAAAUGGGUCUUACUAAAUUUAUGAUUCAGAGCCACUGUAGUAUGUAUUGUUUGCUCUAAAUGAGGGACUUUUAAAGAAUCUUUUUGUUUUGUUGAAGAAAAUACCAUUACUACUACUACUACUGACAGAACACAGGAAUGUAAACUGGAGAAUAUUAGUUUUUUAUAGUGAAUAUAAGUGAACUACUUGUGUGUGCUAGGUGUACUGUUUGCUGUGUAUUUUAUUUUGUGUAGUUCAGAGAGACAGUUGAUUUCUGAUUCCUGAAGUAUACAACUUAAUUUCUGAUUCCUGAAGUAUACAACU